CGCCGUCACCCCCCCGCAGGCCCCCCCCCCGCAGGGAGGCGGGGGCGCUGCCACCCAUUGGCUGAGGCGGAUACCACGCGCCCCGAUACCCGGCGCAGGAGCCACCUCCCCGCUCCCCACAAACCACGCCUCAGUCCGCCUGCGCUCCUCAGCCUGACGGACCGUCUUUCGGGGCUCCUCAGCUUUCUCACCUGCCUUUGGUUCCUUUGACCACUCGAAGCCGCGCAGCGGGUUCUAGCGGACCUCACAGCAACCCCAGAAGCGGUGCGUGAAGCACAGCCUCCAGUCCUCGAGCUAGUCGGAAACUACUGUCUGCCGCCAUCAUGUCUGCUGCAAAUCCUGAGACUCCAAACUCAACCAUCUCCAGAGAGGCCAACACCCAGUCUUCAUCAGCUGCAACCAGCCAAGGCUAUGUUUUACCAGAAGGCAAAAUCAUGCCAAACACUGUUUUUGUUGGUGGAAUUGAUGUUAGGAUGGAUGAAACUGAGAUUAGAGGCUUCUUUGCUAGAUACGGUUCAGUGAAAGAAGUGAAGAUAAUCACGGAUCGAACUGGUGUGUCCAAAGGCUAUGGAUUUGUUUCAUUUUUUAACGACGUGGAUGUGCAGAAGAUAGUAGAAUCACAGAUAAAUUUCCAUGGUAAAAAGCUGAAACUUGGCCCUGCAAUUAGGAAACAAAAUUUAUGUGCUUAUCAUGUACAGCCACGUCCUUUGGUUUUUAAUCAUCCUCCUCCACCACAGUUUCAGAAUGUCUGGAGUAAUCCAAACACUGAAACUUACAUGCAUCCCCCAACUACAAUGAAUCCUGUAACUCAAUACGUUCAGAUGCCACCACAGUGGCCUGUUGGGGAGCAAAGGAGUUAUGUUGUACCUCCGGCUUAUUCAUCUGUAAACUACUACUGUAAUGAAAUUGAUCCAGGAGCAGAAGUUGUGCCAAAUGAAUGCUCAGUUUGUGAAGCUACUCCACCCUCUGGAAAUGGCCCACAAAAGAAAUCUGUGGACCGAAGCAUACAAACAGUGGUAUCUUGUCUGUUUAAUCCAGAGAACAGCAGACUGAGAAACUCUGUUGUUACUCAAGAUGACUACUUCAGGGAUAAAAGAGUGCAUCACUUUAGAAGAAGUCGGGCAGUGCUUAAAUCUGUUUGAUCCUCUCCGCUGUCUAGUUUCAUGGGAAGUUGCUCGUUUUGAAUAUUAAGCUAAAAGUUUUUCACUAUUAUAGAAAUUCUGAAUUUUGAUAAAUCACACCAAACUUCUUGCAUAAGCUGUAUUAUUAGACUGUCUAGUUUUAUCUUUGAAACUGUUCUUUAUUAGAUGUUUAUUUAGAAACUGGUUCUGUGUUGAAUAUAGUUGAAAGUAAAAAAAUAAUUGAGACUGAAAGAAACGACUUUAAGAUUUAUCUGCAAGAAUUUUUUAAAAAUUGAAAUUGGCAUUGUAAGUGUUUAAAAGCAAAUACUAAUUUUCAAAAAAAAAUUUUUAACAUCUGUUUUGAAAGGUCAGAAUUUUAAUAGUCUUGAGUACAAGCAUUUCACUUCUCCAACAAGUACCUGUGAACAGUACAGUAUUUACAAUAUUGAGCUUUGCAUUUAUGAUUUGUCUAGAAAUUUACCCACAAAAGCAGAAUUUUUAAAACUGCAUUUUUAAUCAGUGGAACUCAAUAUAUAGUUAGCUUUAUUGAAGUCUUCUUUCUCUAAACCCAGUAAAACAGAUUCUAAGCAAACAGUCAAAUCAGUGGGUCAGCGUUUAUUCAAAAUAUUUUAUCUUUUAUCUAGAAUCCGCACAUAUAUAUCCUAUUUGAUUAGGAUAGUAAUUAGGAUAACUAAAAUUCUGGGCUUAAGGUUUUAAAGAAUCCAAGAAAAACUAAACUUUACUAGGUACAUAAGCUUUUCAAUGAGUUACCAUUCUUUUUUGUAAAAAAAAUUUUUCUUCGAAAUGCUAAACUUAAUGGCUGUAUGUCAAAUUGUGCAAAAUAUUGUUAUUAAAGAAUGCUGCAACUUU